CAAACGAUGCCUAAACCAUCGGCGGAUGAUCAGCCAAAAGAAUAUCCAGAAAAGAUUGUUAAUAUAGUCGAUAAUAUCUCGCAAUUGACGAUAUUAGAAGUGGCCGAUCUCAACGAAUUAUUAAAGGCCCGCCUGAAUAUCAGCGAUGCACCGAUGGCAAUGGCUGCUAUGCCACAAGCUGCACCAGCUGCUUCGCAAGAACCUGCUGAAGAGGAGGAAGUACAGACUGAAUUUACUGUCAAAUUAAUGAAAUUUGAUGAUGCCUCAAAAGUUAAACUAAUUAAGGAAAUUAAAGCUCUAGUCGAUGGAAUGAAUUUAGUCCAGGCCAAAAAAUUUGUCGAAAGCACACCUCAAGUAAUCAAGAAAAACAUUUCCAAGGAAGAAGCAGAGCAGCUGAAAAAGACUUUAGAAACUGCUGGUGGAAGCAUUGUCAUCGAAUAA